AUGUUCAGCGACAAUGGACGAAAUUUCGUGGGAGCAAAAAGAAGUCUUAACGAAAUGGAACAAUUAGUUCAAUCCCAGCUGCACAAUAACAAGAUAGCAGAGGCGUUAUCGAUCGAAGGCAUCAACUGGAAGUUCAUACCGCCACAUGCGCCUCACUGGGGAGGCAAAUGGGAAUCGGCUGUGCGCUCUGUGAAGCUUCAUUUACACGUUGGAUAUCUUUCGCCCGCUCACAUGCUGAUCGGCCGUCCAUACACCACAGUGCCAGAUGGAGAUUUGGACCAAGUGCCGGCAAACCGAUUGGAUUACUGGCAGCAAUCUCAGGCCAUGUUGCAAGGUUUUUGGAAAAGGUGGCAUCUUGAGUACCUUACGUCGUUGCAGCAAAGGCCAAACUGGUUAAUGAAAUCGGCAAACCCGAAGCCUGAUGAUCUCGUACUAGUAAAGGAUUCUCGUACUCCUCCGGCUUCAUGGAUCCUGGCCCGCAGUAUCGAGACGAUUCCUGGCCCAGACGGUUUAGUACGAGCCCUUAAGUUAAAGACAGCUACAGGAGAGAUGACCCGUUCCAUAACCAAGGUGGCUCCCCUGCCAGUUUCAGAAACAUUGUUUCAGGGCCGGGCGGUUUGUUGA